CGUCACAGAGUUAAAUCAGCCCUGAUACACGUCUAGUUAUGGCGGUAUCAUCAGACAGUUUGUUGUCAGCUGAUAAAUCAGACAUGAAUUCAUUCACAUUUUUAAAAGUAAUGUCAUGUCAGAAAAAUAUUAUUGUUAUUUUAGUGUUAGACCAUUGUAGGAAUGAGGCCAGCAUGAAGGUUAGUCUGUCCAAUCAGAGCUGGUUGGUCCGUGUCUCACAGGUAUUCAUGAUCUCUGCAGCAUAAGCUUCUAACUGUUCAUGUGAAACCAGAUUAAAGCUGUCUAAUAAAACAGUGGGGGAGGUUUAUACAGAUUACAGGAUUAUCUGCUGGCAGGUCAACCUUUUUUAUCAUGAAAAUCAUUUUUCAGUCCAACUGAGGAGACGAGGAAACGUCUCAGAGGACACCUCGUGAAAACUCAUCAGACUGAUGUUGAAACAGUCUUAGACAGUGUUAAGGUGGAGGAGACAUGCAUCAUCGUCCUUUCAUCAGGAGGAGACACACCUCAGCUCUGCAUGCAGCAAGUCUCAUGUGCAGCCCGGUGGAAGGUUCUGCCGAGGCGGAGGCGGUUCUGUCGAAGCCUCGGUUCCACCUGGACCUCUGGCUCCUCUUCACUGUCCAGAACUGGAUCCUGGAUGUGGGCCGGCCUGUUGUCAUGCUCGUCCUCCCGGUGGACUUCUUUCCCGUGAACCGUCCAGGAGCUGUGGAGUACCUCCACAUCCUGUACGCCGUCAGCACGCCGCUCGUCCUGCUCAAAAUGCUUGAACGCAGCCCGAGGACUCUGCCACGCCCCGCCGUCCGACUCGGCAUCAUCUGUGUUGUCAUGGGAACCAGCCUCCACCUGGUGGCCGACUCCGUCACCCGACGGCUCGUGCUGAUUGGCUACCAGCUGCAUCUGUCGGUCAGAGAGAAUCCAGUCAUGCAGGAGCUGAAACCUGCGUCGCUGGUCGACGCCUUCGAGCUCCUGUUCUACUACGACGACACUCUGGGUCACGUGAUGUGGUGUGUCCCUCUCUUCCUCGUCCUCUUCCUCUUCUUCAGUGGUUCUUUCAGUCACAGGAACAGGAAACAGGAAGAGAAGAUGGCGCCGGCAGCGUGGAUGCUUCUCGUCCCCAACGCCGCCUACUACUGGUAUCUGAUCACUGAGCGACAGACCUUCAUCCUCUUCAUCUUCACCUUCUUCGCCAUGACGGCCACAGUGAUGCACCAGAGGAGGCGGGGCUUGGUUCCUGACAGCAACGGCCUCUUCAUGCUGUGCAGUUUCUCUGCAGCUCUCGUCCUCGUGGCGUUCUGGGUGUCCUGUCUGUGGAGCGACGGCGUCCUGAGGAAGAAACACCCGGGGCUGAUCUACGUCCCGCAGCCUCGUGCCGUGUACACGCUCCACCUCCAGCAGAACGGCACCACGUGACGGAAACUACGUCCUCCAGCAGACUCGGAGACGCUUUGACCCCGCUGAAGAUGAACGGACAGAAAACAGAUUGUCAAACUUGAACAUGUUCAAACUGCAAAGAUGAAAAAUCUGA